AUGGAGGCCCCGCGCACGGUCGAUGAGGUCCACGCAAACUUUUCCCGUCGACGCGACGGCCUCGUCAAGGCCCUGACGCGCGACGUCGAGGCGUUCUACGCGCAGUGCGACCCGGACAAGGAAAACUUGUGCCUGUACGGCAAUCCCGACGGGACGUGGGACGUGCAAUUACCCGCCGAAGAAGUCCCGCCCGAGCUCCCGGAACCGGCGCUCGGGAUUAAUUUCGCGCGCGAUGGGAUGCAGCGUAAGGAUUGGCUCGCGUUGGUCGCCGUGCACAGCGAUGCGUGGUUGAUGGCGGUGGCGUUUUAUUACGGCGCCAAGUUUGACGCCAAGAAACGUGAUGCACUUUUCGCGCAGAUCAACGCCGUGCCCACGGUGUACGAAACGCUCAGCGCGGCGCACGGACGCGAAGAGAAACCGACGAGCGCGGGCGCGCGUCAGAAUGGCGGUGCGCAGGCGAACGGGCGCGACGCGACGGGGAAGGGCGCGAAAACCGCGCUCGCGGACGUCAAGGGAAAUAGUUCCAAGGUGAAGAAGCAUAAAGUGGACCCGAUGGACGCACAAGGUUUUAAGAAACCAUCCCCUGGGUUCAUCCUAGACCCCGAUCAAGCGCUGACGACGCUGAAGAACGCGCAAAUUGAGUUGUUUUGGCCGGACGAUAACUUGUGGUAUCGCGCGGAGGUGAUUUCGCUCAACGAGCGUAAUCGCACCGCCAAGGUACUUUACGCGACGUCUGACGUCGAAACGUUGAAUUUGGAUGAAUUGAUUCGUGAAGGUCACGUGAAUGUGCGACGCGAGGCGUGA